CAUCAGCGGCCGUCAGACAGAUGCAACGAAAGCUGACGGAAGAUGCAAAAGAAAAAGGACCCGCUGCUUGUCGAGUGUCAACCCGACAGUAAAAAUGAGACCAUGGUUCCGGUUCUGACCUCGAAGAAAGCCAGUGAACUACCUGUGAACGAGGUUGCCUGUGCACUGCAGGCUGACCUGCAGUUUGGUCUUAACCGGGAGGAGGUUGAACAACGCCGCACAUACCACGGUUGGAAUGAGUUCGACAUCAGCGAAGAUGAACCACUCUGGAAAAAAUAUCUCUCUCAGUUUAAAGACCCACUCAUCCUGUUGCUGCUGUCGUCUGCUGUUAUUAGUGUGCUGAUGCGACAGUUUGACGAUGCCGUCAGUAUCACCGUGGCCAUUAUUAUCGUUGUUACAGUUGCCUUUGUACAGGAAUACCGCUCAGAAAAAUCCCUGGAGGAGCUUGGCAAACUCGUGCCUCCAGAAUGUCAUUGUAUUCGAGAAGGACAUCUGGAGCACCUGCUGGCACGAGAGCUUGUACCCGGAGACACCGUCUGUCUGUCAGUCGGAGAGAGAGUCCCAGCUGACCUGCGCCUGUUCGAGUCCACAGAUCUUGCAGUUGACGAGUCCAGUUUGACAGGUGAAACAACCCCCUGCACCAAGACCUCUGCCCCUCAACCGGCUGCCACCAAUGGCGAUAUCGCGUCCCGCAGUAACAUUGCCUUCAUGGGGACGCUGGUGCGCUGUGGGAAAGCCAAGGGCAUUGUUAUAGGCACUGGAGAAGAUUCAGAAUUUGGCGAAGUGUUUAAAAUGAUGCAAGCGGAAGAGGCUCCUAAAACCCCAUUACAGAAAAGCAUGGAUUUGCUGGGAAAACAGCUCUCCCUUUAUUCCCUGGGGAUAAUCGGGGUGAUUAUGUUUGUCGGGUGGCUUCAGGGAAAGUAUAUUCUGGACAUGUUCACCAUAGGUGUCAGCCUGGCCGUGGCUGCAAUCCCAGAAGGCCUUCCCAUCGUGGUGACGGUGACUUUGGCAUUAGGAGUGAUGAGGAUGGUGAAGAAAAGGGCGAUUGUUAAGAAAUUACCCAUAGUGGAGACGCUAAGCUGCUGUAAUGUGAUCUGCUCAGAUAAAACAGGCACUCUCACUAAAAAUGAGAUGACAGUCACUCAUCUGUUCACCUCUGAUGGGCAACACGCUGAGGUCACUGGCAUCGGGUACAACAACUCUGGAGAGAUUUUAAUGGAUGGAGAAGUGGUGCAUGGCAUCUCCAACACCUCCAUCAGCAAGAUCGUGGAGGUUGGCUGUGUGUGCAAUGAUGCCAUGAUCAGACACAAUACCCUGAUGGGCCGUCCCACCGAAGGCGCACUCAUCGCACUGGCUAUGAAGAUGGGUUUGGAGGGGCUGCAGCACGAGUUUGUGAGACUGGAGGAGAUACCCUUCACUUCAGAGCAGAAGUGGAUGGCAGUCCGUGUUGUUCAUCGCACUCAGAAGGAUAAGCCUGGCUUGUUCUAUGUAAAGGGCGCCUAUGAGCAGGUCAUCCGCUUCUGUACAUCCUACAACAGCAAAGGUGUCUCUAUGCCUCUGAACAAUCAGCAGAGAGACAUUUACCAACAGCAGAAGAGCUACAUGGGCUCUGGCGGUCUCAGAGUGCUGGCGUUUGCUUCUGGAUCUGAGAUGGGCUCUCUUACCUUCCUGGGGCUGGUGGGCAUCAUCGACCCUCCGAGAGCGGGAGUGAAGGAGGCGGUGGCCACGCUGAUCAGCACUGGAGUGGCUGUGAAGAUGGUCACUGGUGAUUCAGAAGAGACGGCGGUGGCAAUUGCCAGUCGACUGGGCCUCUACACCAAAGGCUCGCAGUGUUUGUCUGGAGAUGAAAUUGACCAGAUGGACAUCCAGCAUCUCUCACAGAUAGUGCACAGGAUAGUUGUGUUCUACAGAGCCAGUCCUAGACACAAGUUAAAGAUAGUCAAGUCUUUACAGAACAUCGGUGCGGUUGUGGCCAUGACGGGAGACGGUGUUAAUGAUGCAGUGGCUCUGAAGGCAGCAGACAUCGGCGUGGCAAUGGGUCAAACUGGCACCGAUGUGUGCAAAGAGGCAGCAGACAUGAUCCUGGUGGACGACGACUUCCAGACUAUCUUGUCUGCCAUCGAAGAAGGGAAAGGGAUUUACAACAACAUUAAGAACUUUGUGCGCUUUCAGUUGAGCACGAGCAUUGCUGCCCUCACCCUCAUCUCGCUGGCGACGCUUUUGAACUUCCCCACCCCUCUGAAUGCCAUGCAAAUCCUCUGGAUCAACAUCAUCAUGGACGGCCCGCCAGCCCAGAGUUUGGGAGUAGAGCCUGUGGACUGGGACGUGAUCAGGAAACCCCCUCGAAACGUCCGGGACAGCAUCAUCACACGCAGUCUGAUAGUGAAAAUCCUGGUGUCGGCCUUCAUCAUCGUCUGCGGGACGCUGUUUGUGUUCUGGAGAGAACUGCGGGACAAUGAGAUCACUCCACGGGACACCACCAUGACGUUCACCUGUUUUGUGUUCUUCGACAUGUUCAACGCGCUCAGUUCCAGAUCACAGACGCGGAUGGUGCAUGAGAUGGGCUUAUGCAGUAACCGGAUGUUUUGCUAUGCUGUUCUGGGCUCCAUCAUGGGCCAGCUGCUGGUCAUCUACUUCCCUCCACUGCAGAGUGUCUUUCAAACGGAGAGCCUCAGCAUUUUAGAUCUGCUGUUACUAUUGGCCCUCACGUCCUCUGUGUGCGUGGUGUCUGAGAUCAUAAAGAAAAUAGAGAGACUCCGAUGUGGCAGCGAAAAAACGUCAGACAUGGACAGUGAGUUCCAUGACGUAUGACACACAUUGUGUCCCUCUCAGGCUGGGGCGCGUGCUGUGGAAUAUGGCUUGGACAGCUCUCAAACCAUAUAAACAGUUCGGAGCAACUAGUCUGGUCCCACUUGUACGUACAGGUCCUACUUUAAGGUGGAGACCAGCAGCUGAUGGUGGAGCAGUGGCCUGGUCCUGGCUGAAAUGGCAUCUCUGACACGCUUUAGUGGAGAUGUUGUGGUGUGCUGCUUUAAGACUGUACUACUACCCAUAGCAUCUGGGCCAACUUCUUUAUUUAUGAGAUACUGUAUCUGUCCAUACAGUGGCUGUCUUGAUUUCAUGAUUGAAGGGAUUUAUUUUUUAACAUUAUUAGUAUUCUAUUAAAAUGAUUUUGUGUCUUUUACAUCUUCUGUUGAAACAUUUCUGGUUAGAGGUUUGUGGAACAAUAUGGAUUAUGCCUUUUUGCAUUCCAGUUUUCCAAAUUAUGCUUGAAUAAUCAUCACUUUUGCUUUCGGAGAAGGUUGUGUGCUCUUAAAGGGAUAGUUCACCCUAAAAUGAAAAUGUGCUUGACCUCAAGUGGUUCCAAAUCUCUUUUUUCCCCUGUUGGAACAGAAAAGAAGAUAUUCUGAAGAAUGUUGGAAACGGGUAGUCAUUGACAAUCAUAAUAGGAAAUAAAAUUCUGUGGAAGUCAGUGACUUACAACAUUCUCCGAUGUAUCUUCUUUUGUGUUAAAGGGAUAGUUCACCCAAAAAUGAGAAUUACUUCAUCGUUUACUCUCCCUCAUGUGAUUUGAAAUUUGUAUGAGUUUCUUCUGUUAAUCAGAAAAGAUGUUUUGAAAAAUGUUGAUGGAUGACUUUCAUAGUAAUUUUUUUCCUACUGAAAUCAAUGGGUACCAAUAACCAACAUUCUACAAAAUAUCCCAAAAAUGAAAAUGUGCUUGCCCUAAGUGGUUCCAUAUCUUUUUUUCUUCAUAGAAACAGAAAAGAAGAUAUUCUGAAGAAUGUUGGAAACCGGUAGUCAUUGACAAUCAUAAUAGGAAAUAAAAUUCUGUGGAAGUCAAUGGCGUCCAACAUUUUCCGAUGUAUCUUCUUUUGUGUUAAAGGGAUAGUUCACCCAAAAAUGAUAAUUACUUCAUCUACUCUCCCAUAUGCAGUUGAAAAUUUGUAUGAGUUUCUUUCUUCAUUUAAUCAGAAAAGAAAAUAUUUUGAAGAAUGUUGGUUGAUUAUACUCAUUGACUUCUAUAGUAUUUUUUUUCCUGCAGUUGAAGUCAUUGGGUACCAUCAACCAACAUUCUACAAAAUAUCCCAAAAAUGAAAAUGUGCUUGCCCUUAAGUGGUUCUAAAUCUCCCCCCUCUCCCCAUUGAAACAGAAAAGAAGAUAUUCUGAAGAAUGUUGGUUGACUCUACCCAUUGACUUCUAUAGUAAUUUGUUUUCCUGCAAUUGAAGUCAAUGGGUACCAUCAACCAACAUUCUUCAAAAUAUCCCAAAAAUGAAAAUGUGCUUGCCCUUAAGUGGUUCUAAAUCCUCCCCCCUAUUGAAACACAAAGAAGA